CCGACGAACUCGAACAAAAGUAGGUUGAAAAAGGAAAAAAAUGCACAAAACUAAGAAGAUUGUAAAUAGAAGUGACAGUAGGAAAGUAGAGCAAAUAUGACAUGAAGAAAUUGCAAAGACAAGGACAUCUUUUUGGUACCGACCAAGAUAAUCAGCGGCCUUUUAGUUUUACGCACCAAAAUAGAAAUCAAGUAGGUGUCUGUUAUAAAAUGUAGGGAUAAUGUGAAGAUCAAACUUUUUGAAAAUGGAAGGGACUACCUUCUUCUACAUGACGGAGGACAAAGGAAAGCAACUUCGAAUUGUGAAGGCUUCGGGUGAAGCCUCUAGCUUUGCGUAGGUGACCUACACUUCUCGGUCGAGAGUGCGCACCUACACUUUUGAGUCGUGAAUAUCGACGAUAGACUGGUGAGGAAGUUUUGAACUUCAUCCUGUACAACCACGCAUUUUUAGCUACAACCUCAAUUCUGUAAACAAAUGCAUCUCACGACUACGCAAGUCGCGAUUGUGGAACAGAAGUGGGUGAAACGACACGCGGUCAUGCUGAUCUAAAAGGAGAAGAGUACUGUGUCAAGACUACCACAACAUCCAUCCACUACAACUACACGUCUAAUCAUUCAAUUCAAGUUUAUGGGUACAGGGAAUCCAUCUCCAAAGUCAUCUGGAAGAAAAAAGACAAGAUGAAGAAUGGAGCUAGAAGAUGAUCCGUGAGAUGAAUUCCUAAUACCUCUAACAUGUUGACUUUUCGAAGCCAAAGGACGUCAUACGAUGGGGAUCUUCAAGCGACUUUUUGGCGGAUUUUUUGAGGGGAGCAAGGUGAAGCUGCUAUUGGUUGGGCUCGACAACAGCGGAAAGACGACAAUUCUGAAUGUUAUGAAGCCGAAGAAGGUACUACGAUGAUAUUGUUUUCGCUCAGAGUCUAAACGUAAUAUCUCAAGUUGUAGACAUACCUCCCCCUAUUGUAACAAAUCAUAGAGCAGUUGUCAGUCAUCUUCAACCGAUUCUGAUAGUUCAAUGAUAAAUCAGAAGCACAAUCAAAUAACCGAAUCUACUAACAGGAUCAAUGAAUACUAUUAUAUAUAUAUUUUCCAGGGCUCAGGGCUGGAGGCCCCCCCCCCCGAUCUAACUUUUUGAGGGGGGGGGCCUGCCAGCCCCGGCCCCUCUUUUCGAGGGGCUGCCGGGCGGGAAGGCCUCAAAGCGCCCACUUCUGACCCCUUCCCGCCUUGCUGCAUGUACCCUACAGACCUGGCCUGUACCCUACAGACCUGGCAAAGGUGGCAAAGGCAGGGCCCCGCUGCCUUGUUGCCUGUACCCUACAGACCUGGCAAAGAUGGCAAGCCUGGCGCCCUCUGGCGUAUUGCGGUACCCGACAGAGCUGGCAGAGGAGGCAAGGCGGGACCCCGCUGCCCUGUUGCCUGUACCCUACAGACCUGGCAAAGAUGGCAAGGCUGGCGCCCUCUGGCGUAUUGCGGUACCCGACAGAGCUGGCAGAGGAGGCAAGGCGGGACCCCGCUGCCUUGUUGCCUGUACCCUACCGACCUGGCAAAGAUGGCAAGGCUGGCGCCCUCUGGCGUGUUGCGGUACCCGACAGAGCUGGCAGAGGAGGCACGGCGGGACCCACCCUCUUGGCGUGCUGCAUGUGGCCAACCAUACAGACCGCGCAAAGGUUGCCAGGCUGGACCCCUCUGGCGUGGUCCCCCCCCGAUCCAUCCACCGGGGGGGGGGCCUCCCUCCCUGGUACAUAUAUAAUUUUAUUGAGAAUAAGAUUUACAACCAACAUUCAUCUCGCUCUCAAUACUGACCAUCCGUGUCUCAUUGGCUCAGGCGAGCAUGAACACGGUUCCGACGGUGGGGUACAAUGAUUAAGGCAUAAAAAUAUUGCAUACAGUCCUUAUCAGAUAAGGAAUGGCAAAUCAAUGUAGAUUUUUACUGGCUCAGGUGUCCCAUUGACUUACAACGUCCAAAUCAUUUAAUAUGCGCUGAAAUGAGGAGACUUUUAAUAUUUAAUAUGCCAUCGAGAUCAACAUCAACUGCUCUAAAAUGAGGAGACUUUUUCGAAAAACGGUGUCUCGUUUACAGCAGUUGACAUGAGCGGGCAGGGGAAAUACAGAAAUCUUUGUUAUGUUGAUUGUUCUUGAUGCACUAGCUAUAGGUCUAUAGAUGCAGCUUCUACAUAAGUAUUUUGUUUACAACUUGACUCUUUCUGCAAUUGCUCCCUAGUUGACAUCAUAACACUUCAUCGUGCGCUAGUUGAAAUCAUAAUACUUCAUCGUUUUUGUGCUGGUAUACUCCAUGGUCGUGAGGGUCUACGCGAAGAGGGUAGGCGCGGAACAGAAUGCGGGGGGAGUUAUGGUCCUGACUGCACCAGACACAUGGACUUGGACGAGGGAGCAGAGGCUUAAAAAGUGGAUCUUCGCGCCGGGAGACCAGAGAUCAAUGCACACUCCGAUGCCAUCAACGGCGACGGGUCUAGCGGCUACCGAUCCAGUGGUAGUUGAGUUAUCGCAGAUCCUGUUUGCGGAUGAUGCAACGUUGUUUGGGUUGGUUAAGGAGUCCAAGAUGGCUGAAAUUGAACAGGACAUGGUGGAAUCAAGGAAACAGGACAGAGCGCCCAAGCCGAUUAGACAAGUUGAAAUCCUAGCAAGUGUACUGGAGGAUGCAGCCAUGGCCGAGAACGAGAAAAAGAGGAUACAGGGUGACGCAGCGAGCAUCGCAACGAGAAAUCUGGGUGUCCAGACCGAUCCCGAAGGAGACACAGCGUUUAAGAUACAGAAGGCAUGGCGAUCGUUUCAUGCCAUGAGGUCAAAGGUAGCCGGGCUAGCAGGGGUGACCAAUGAGAGGAGGGGCAACCUAGUCUCUGCCACCGCGAGGUCAGUGCUAGCCUAUGGCACACAGACGAUGUCUGUCUCGGUCAAGCAUUGCAGACUGAUGGAGGAGGCGGAGCUAUCAAUGUUAGCAAUGAUGGCAGGUGUGCCGGUAUGGAGAAGAAGGUGGGACGACGUAUCGGAUGCAGUACUGCUGAGGUGGAUGAGGUUGUCACCGCUAAGGGCUUUCAUCUCGUACCAUCAAGCGCGCCAUGUUGCGCAUAUCAUGAGGUCUAAGCGGAUGACACUUGAGAAGGCUAUGCUACAGGGUCAGGCACUACCGCCGAGAGCAGAGGAGAGCGAUGGCCGAGACGUGUUCCUAGCAAGUACGGAGAAGGAUUCAGCACUUCCUCCCGAAGAUCGCGGGUCGCACUCGCUUAUGUCUGAUUUUCUACACCACAUGCGCAUAGAGGUGGGGAUGGAUGAUGAACUCCUAGCGGGUCUACUCCGCGAGCCACCAACUGAGUUGCCAGGCGUGGCCUGCCAUAAGUCGGAGCGCACCAAGCAGCAGGCCCAGCAGCAAGAGGACUACACACAGCGCAAAGCGUUCUUCUUUGAGGCGAUUCGACACACCUUCCUAAGGCAAACGGUAACCAGAUGGCAGAAAGGAGGUGGCGACGCACUGGCACUCUACGCGGAGAUGGAAGUCAAGACAUGGGGAAAAACGCCUAUCCACUGUGAAGAGAUAAAAAGUGAGACACAAGAAGAGACACUAAUCAACUUAGCCGGUAAACAUGACGCGUUAAGAGUAGUGACCCAGUGGAGAGCUGGCAUAUGGAUAAGAAGCCUGAGCAGUAAGCCCGAAGCACUAGCUGAAUUAGAUGAGCUGCAAGUUGACAUACGCAGAGUUGGCGCAGAUGAAGCAGUAGCCAUAGGAGCAGAUGGAGAUGCUGGCUUGUUUGCGCCUAGAGUAAAAAUGGACGUAAUAUGUGACGCGCCAGCAUGGAUCUAUUAUGUGGUGGCUGCAGCACCUCGAGACAACAAACCGAAUGUGCCAGAAGCGGAGCAAGGAAUACGUUGGAGGAAAGAAGAGACUCUAUUCGAAGGUUCGCAUGUUGGCGGACGAAGGCUGCUGGUGCUUAAGGGACUGGCGCUUCCAGGCAGAACGGCGCUGAGAAUGGAAGUUGCUCCUUGCUCCGCCUUUCUAGUAAUAGUCCCAGUAGCAUCGGGCACGAUGGAUGCGUCUACGAUCUCAGGAUGGCGCACGCCAAUGAUUCCUUCGAGCUGCUCUGUCUGCUGUGAGAGGGACCGCCAUGGUUUCCGCAGUCUUAAGUGCAGGAGAAUGUGCUGUGCGAGGGAGAUGCAGAAGAAGUUAAACGGGUGGAGGCAGAGGAUACCGGCGCCACCAUGCUGCAGUCUAGCCGACAGAAUGAAGGAUGAAGCCAACAGAAGAAUGGAAGAGCGGAAGCAGUGGAGCAUACAGAAGGAAAUCCGUAAGCCCGAGGCAUUGUUCAGGCUUCUAAAGUCGGUUGGGCCCAAGAGAGGCGGAGGCAGGAAGAGGCCGGAGAGAUAUCGCUGCUACCCUUGUCGUAGGACUUAUAUCACGUCAUUUGGGGCGAUGCGAGCACAUGCGGAAGCGCACAAGCGCGAAGACAUCAUCAAGAUAUUCAGAAUAAAGCGCAGAGCUGAAGAGACUCGGCUGGGAGCGAUAAGAAAUGAAUUCAGACCCGAGCUACACAAGUUCAACAAGACCACAGGGCGCUACCAGUCAGGGCCCGACUCAGUGCUCUGUGAAGUAGUCACUCCGAGUCACUUACUAGUGGGUCCUCAGAAAAACAAAAUUCGAUGCGAAAAGUGCAAAAAGUGGCAAAUUGACUUCCCUCAAAAAGAGCUGGCGCUGCGUCAACAAGCAAAAAGAGCUGAUUACUACAGAGCGCAUGUGCAAAAGUGCAAGGGAAACAAGAAAUGAAAAAUCAGAAGAAAAAUGGGGGUUGAAGGAAGUAGAGCAUCAAGUAAUUAAACAUUACACCUCUCGAAUGGGUACACUACUACUACUACUACUCGUGCCUUGCUUGAUUCCUUGAAGCAGGUCGUGUGUUCUCCCCGUCGAGAACGCAGGGCCAAAGAUCAACUGCUGCUCAAGAGGACAAAUUAUAGGGCUAUUUUUAUCUCUAAUCCAACUAGAAGUUCUUGUACUACGAGGUACAACAUUAUUAUACAUAGAAGAAAAGCAGCUGGCACACAAACACUUCUUCUAACCUUCGGAAUCGCAGUGUGAAGAGGCAGAGGGCAUCAUAUUCGUCAUUGAUGCGACGGACAAGUUGAGGUUUGCAGUGGCAAAAGAUGAAUUGGAUACUUUACUUGAAACCAACGCUCUCAAAGACCGGCAGGUACUAACUUCUAAAAACAGAAUGUAGGUCGUAGUCGUGUUUUUGGCUCUUCAGUAGCCACUGAAGUUUGCUGGUUUACCUAGUGGACCCACGCCGAACCUAACCUAACAGAAUGGAUAAGUGAGCAGCCGGGGUUCAUCCCCUGUUCACUUAUCAAGAAUGUACUUAAAAAUGUUGAGCAACUAUAAUACACCCCGUGGUUUACUAGGACAAUUUCAAUUAUCUUCUUGUCCUACGUACUCCUGUAAAAAUUGUUUUGGUAAAAAUGUAAAUGAUUCGAAUUCGACCAUUUUUCUUUCUCUGAGAGGUACCCACCCAUGUUCCCAGUGUUUGCCAGCAAGAUGGAGUCGCUUUCACCCCCUCCCGAUUACAGCCCUUGUGGCAGUCUGCACUGAACUUUGUGCGAGAUAAAUUGUAUUGUAUAUUGUAUUGGUCUUUCCAGGUACCCAUGUUAGUCUUUGCGAACAAGAUGGAUUCACCUGGUGCAGUACAGCCUUUGGAGUGUAUGCGAGCCCUAAGGCUAGAGGAAAUCAGGGAUCGACAGUGGAAUAUAUUGUACUUGUUCUGUUUUUCUUGUGUUCUCAUUAUCCCUGUAGAGAUGAAAAAGUAUCACAACAAGUCUGGAGUCCUUAUAUAUGCUUUAGGGCUGCACGGUCCCCCCCUGUGGUAUGGUCUGUGGUGGCGCUCGCGCGCUCUUUUCCGCGCUGAUUUUCGCCGAUUCGAGUGGUGGAAGGCGUCCAAACUGGGCGCGGGCGUCCCCUUGCGCCUUUCUGCAGGUUCCUCAGGGACCUCCUGGCCUUUGCUGACCCCCGCAGGCUGGAGGCCUCCGGGGUAAAAAGCCGCCGAAGGCGGCCACGGUCUCAAGGGCAAGCAAGCUGAUGACCAAGGGCCCGGAGGGUACAGGCCGCACGGCUCAGGGGGUCCAGCCCCUCGCCUUUUGCCGCCUUCGGAGGCCUUCCACACCCGGCGCACUGCUGCGGCGGGAAGCCUACUUCGCAGGCCUUUAGGGUCCAGCCAGGUAGCUCGAAGGGAGCGGAGAAGGCCCCGCGGGCCCCUUUUGCGGCCUUCCACCCCCGGCAGACGCCUUCAAAAGGGGCCCGGGGCUGCACGGUGCCCCCCCCUGCGCUAGGGGGGGUGCCGUAGCCCUGGGCCCUGGGUCGUACAUACUCUCUCGCUUCCUUGUAGUAUGUUCUUCAUCAACCACUGCCUAUCCCUGAUUUCCUCGAGCCCUAAGGCUAGAAGAAACCAGAGGUCGGUAGUUAGAUAUAUUGUACUUCUAUUUAAUUUGAUUUUUGAGAAUGCUUCCUCGACAUCAGCAUGACCAUCAACGCUUCUUCUUUAAUAGCGUCACUGCUCAGUCAACCUAGUGGGCAUUACUGUAUCAGCCCUCAUGCUUAACACUUCAUCAAUCUCAUGAUGAUGAUUGAUGCACCCACCUCACGAUCGUUGAUUUUUUCCUUUACUCAACGUCUAGCAGGGCCAGUAGCUUACAUCUUCUUCUGUACAAGGGGUAGUAGCCUAAGGAAAUGAUAUUUGAAUUCAACUUCUACAGCCCAAGCGACGCGCUGCACAAUGUCGGGAUAGAGCCAGGGAUUAAGUGGCUUGUAGAUGCUGUGAACAAAUUCAAAGGUGACGCAGCUGCAGCUGCGAAAAAGUGACCACCUUCUACCAAAUCCCGGCAGCGACGUCGCCAGCUUCUGUUGAUCCGCUAAUGUUUGACAGACCCAUUAGAGUAGACCUACAUGUGCCACCUACCACUCCUGUCCCUGUUACAUUUGCCACCAAAGUGAAUGACCACGUAUCUAUCACUCCUGUGCCUGCUACACUUGCGAAUCGCAUGCUUUGUUGACUCUCCUCUUCACUCUUCUCCGCAUCUUCGCAAAGAAGUGUUGCCAUCGGAUGAUGAUGAUCCGAUACAAUUAUUGAAGAAGGAAUUGGAUGUUCUAUAAUUCAUCUUGUGUCGUGGUGGACGUGGAGAUUUGGUAAAUAAGAACCUGCGGAAAUAUAAAUAUAAACAAGGAGCAA